AUGCGCGCUCCGAUCAGCUCCGUGGCAAUCCUCUUCUCCGUGUGUGCUACCGUCUUCGGGCAAGGGGAAUUCCAGACUUUCUUCUGCAAAGAUAUCGACGAAAAUGUCGCUGCCAGCAACAACUUCUGCCAAAGCGCCAACGGAAAUGUGCUCGCUUCUCCCGGCCACCUGCAACAAUGA